ACCCCUGAAGGGUGCUGGGGGGGUCCCCAAAACCCGAGGGGGGGUCCCUCAUACCCUGGGGGUCCCCAAAACACAGGGGGCCCCCAAUGUAAGGGGACUCCAAAAUACUGGGGGGGGUCCCCGAUUUGGUGGAGUCCUCACAUCCCAGGAGGGGGUGCCCAAGCUCUGGGGGGGUCUCCAAAGUUUGGGGGACCCUCAAUCCUGGGGGGUCCCCAAGUUCACUGUGGAUCCCCAGAACUUGGGGGGAUCCUCAAAAUUUGGGCAGGGUCUCAACACCCCAAGCCCCGGAGGCCUCCCCACAUUGUGGGGUCCCAUCCAUUUUGGGGGGGUUCCCAAAUUCAAGGGGGUUCCCAGGACUUGGGGGAGGGGGUCCCCACAAUUUUUAAAGGUCCCCUUCACCCCCCCCACCCCGAUUUUGGGGGCCCCCCCAUCCCUAUGUACACGUGGCGAGGCCCCCCCCGGCUGGGGGGGGGUUGUGCUUCCGGGGGGGCCCCGCUGGGGUUGGGGGGACCCCCGGAGAGGGGGGGCGGUUUUGGGGGGGCCCCCCCGUGCGGGGAGGUGGGGGGGGCUGGUCCAUUUACAUCUAUAUUACAAGGAAAAUGUGUCUCUUUUUGGGGGGGUCCCCAUUUCCCCCUGCUGCGGGGGGACCCCUCAGUUUGGGGGGGUGUCAGAUCCCCCCACCCCCGGCUCGUUGCUGCCGAGGCCGUGGGGGCCCCCCCGGGAUGGCUUUUGGGGGGGGCCCCCAGAACAGGGAUGUGGAACCCCCCCAAAACCCCGGGGUGGGGGCACGAGGGGGGAUCCAUGAGAGGUCCUGGUGCAAGGUCCUGGUGCAAGGCCUGGUCCUCAUGCGAUGCCACUGCCUUGCACAAACGCGGAUCCAUGUUCAAGGCCUGGUCCUUGUUCAAGGCCUGGUCCUUGUUCAAGGCCUGGUCCUGGUUCAAGGCCUGGUCCUGGUUCAAGGCCUGGUCCUUGUUCAAGGCCUGGUCCUGGUUCAAGGCCUGGCCCUCGUGCAAGGCCUGGUCGUUGUGCAAGGCCCGGCCCUCAUGCGACGCCACAGCCACACACAACCGCGGCUCCUUGUACAAGGCCUGGUCCUGGUGCAAGGCCUGGUCCUGGUUCAAGGCCUGGUCGUUGUGCAAGGCCUGGCCCUCAUGCGAUGCCAAAGCCUCGCACAACUGCGGCUUCUUGUACGAGGCCUGGUCCUUGUUCAAAGGCCUGGUCCUAGUGCAAGGCCUGGUCCUAGUGCAAGGCCUGGUCCUGGUGCAAGGCCUGGUCCUCGUUCAAGGCCUGCUCCUCAUGCAAGCCCCAGCUCCUUGUGCAAGGUUGGGUUGUGGUGUGAGGCCGUGACUGUGAUGGUGCUGCCGGCUCUUUGUGCAAGGCCAGGUCCUUGUGCAAGGCUCUCACAUGAGGCCGUGACCACGGUGACGCUGCCGGCUCCUCGUGCCAGGCCGGUCCCUCAGGCGACGCCACGGCCUCGCACAAGCGGCCUUGCACAACCAUGGCGCCUCGUGCCAGCCCAGGCUGGGCCAUCCCCUCCGGGCGCUGCUCAGGGCUCGCUCCUCAUGUGAGGCUGCUGGGGCUCCUCGAGUGGCACCGGACCCCCGUGCGAGGCCACUCCCCCCUUGCCCCGCCAUGAGGACAAACCCCGGUGCCAGGGAGCCGCAGCUUGAGGCCGGAGCCUCGCACCAGGCCUCGUCCUCGUGCUGGGGGGUAUCUUCGCUCGGGGCCAGACCCCCGUGUGCCCCCACAGCCUCGAGCAAGGAGGGGUCCCCGUGCAAUCCCUGCCCCCCAUGUCCCCCCCUCCGGCCACGUCCUUGUGCCAGGCCGGACCCCCUGGCAAAGGGGGGGUCCCGCCAUGACCUCGGACCCCCUGGCAAAGGGGGGUCCUGCCAUGACCUCGGACCCCCUGGCAAAGGGGGGGUCCCGCCGUGACCUCGGACCCCCUG